AGAAUAGACACAGAGAGAGAGAGAGAGAGAGAGAGAGAGAGAGAGAGAGAGAGAGAGAGAGCGAGAGAGAGACUUGGACAGCACAACGUGAAGUGUAAGUGCACAAAGUGAGAGAGAGGAAGAGAGAGAAAGGGAGGAAGGAGGAGGGAGGGAGAGGGUAAGAGAGAGGGGCGAGAGAGAGAGAGGGAGAGAGACUCGGCGGCGAGGGUGAUGUCAAACCAGCUGAGCUCAGAAGGUAAACAGAGCUCCGUGCGGCAGCAUGCCUCCAGCACCAACACUGCCACAGCAGCAGCAGCAGCAGCCGAUACCGGGACCAGCGCGGACCCCCCUCCAGGGGACCCGGGCACUCAUGCACACACGCGGGGGCCCUCGGGGCUUCCCCUCCUCAUCCUCUUCCAUGCUCUUCAUCAGCAGCAGAACUAACGCCAUCCUCAUCCUCCUCUUCCUCCUCAGCCUGUUCGCGCCCCUGGGGAGCGCUUGGCCUCUGGACUACAGGUGGCUGUAUCCCCAGUGCCCAAGUCCAGAGUGGGGCUCCAUGUGCCGGGGCUGCUGUGAGUACGAGCUGAUCCGCUGCAAGUGCCCUGUGGCGGGGACACCCGUGGGCUACGCCGUGCCAUGCUGCCGCAAUGCCAUCAAUGAGUGUGACCCCUGCAUCAUACACCCAGGCUGCAGCAUUUUUGAGAACUGCAAGCGAUGCCACAACGGGACGUGGGGGCCCAGAGACGACUUCUAUAUACGGGGGAAGUACUGCUCGGAGUGCCGCCCUGGGUGGUCCGGUGGAGACUGCAUGAAAUGUGGUGGUGUGCUGAGAAAGAGGCAGGGCCACAUAGUGCUGGAGGCCUACCCCAACAACGCCCGCUGUGAGUGGACCAUCCAGGUAGACCGACCCUACACCAUCGACCUCAGGUUUAUGAUGCUCAGUCUGGAGUUUCACCACAGCUGUCGCCAUGACUUUGUGGAAGUUCGAGAUGGGGACAGUAUUCACUCUCGCGUGAUUGGCCGCUUCUGUGGAAAUGACAGGCCUCCUCCAAUCAUGAGCUCUGGCAACAGCCUGCACAUCCUCUUCAACUCCGAUGGCUACAAGACCUUUGACGGCUUCUUUGCCAUUUUCCAGGAGAGCUCAGCCUGCAGCUCUUCUCCUUGUCUCCAUGACGGCACCUGCGUCCUGGACUCAUCCCACUCCUUCCACUGCGCCUGUCUGGCUGGCUACACAGGCCCGAGGUGUGAGCAUGUGCUGAUGUGCGGUCGUCCCAUGAUGCCCCUGUAUGGUGGUGUCCAGAGUAUGCAUCUGCACGUGGGCGGCCACGUCAUCUACAGCUGCAACCCCGGCUACAAGCUGAUUGGCACUCGCAUCGCCACCUGCCGCAUGGACGGCACCUGGACCGCCCCGGCACCACAGUGUGUGCGUUUGCUGGAGAGAACCUGUCCCCCUCCACCAAAGCCCACCUAUGGGGACCACUUCCUGGUCUUUGGUCCCAACGAUGUGGUCAUCGCCCUGCAGUACCUCUGCUACCGGCCCUACAAGCUGGUCGGGGCACAGCAGAGAACGUGCCUGGCCAAUGGCACUUGGAGUGGAACAGCACCCACUUGUGUCAAAGCACUGAGUCCAGUUCCUGGGCCAGAUAAGGAGAAAGACAAAGACGGCGGCCAAGACAAACAUCCUUCUGGAAAAGACAAAGCCGACACCAAGGAGACAGACGACACAAACAUGGUCAAAGAAAAGCAGCCGGAGAAAGACAAAGAGAAAGACAAGAAAGGGCUGGACCAAGGCAUCCAGAUAAUUAUUCUCAAGGAGCCUGACGAAGGUGCAGACCCCAAAGUGAUCAUAGACACUGGGGGCAAAGACAUAGAGAUAAGCGUGGACGCGGGUGGUCAGCCAAAACAACCCUCCAGAAACACCACCACAACGGAUGAGACGGAAGAGACCAACAGGGUGCCAGAGAAGGAGGACUCGGGAACAGGCCCCGAUGUGCAUGUGGGGAAAAAUGAUGGAGAUGUUAUUGUCAUCAAUGAUCUUAAACCUGAUGUGGGUAAAAACGUCACCACAUCAACGGGCGUCGAUGUCAACACGGUGGAGGAGAAGACGUCCGAGCAAGACAAGGACAAAGAGAGGGAGAGAGGAGAUCGAGGCAACGAUCUGGGCAGAGAUAUUGACAUCGUCCUGCUCUCAGAAAAGGGUAAAACCACUGUCAUCAAAGACGUGCUGAUUCACACUGAGUACAAAGUAGAGAAGGAUGAGAACACUCCACGUCCACGACACCCAGUCACAACGAUGGCACCACGUGCCGAUGACAAUAGCGUGGCCGGCCGGAACACCUCUGACCCCAUCAGCUCCAAUGACAUCGACAACACCCAGCAAAAACCUGGUACCAGGGAGCCAGACCGGAAGCAACACCCAGUCGAUGGGAAUAUCACAGAGGCUUCGACCCCAGGCAGAGUGGAGCCGGGCAGGGAGGGACCAGAUUCCAGAGUGGGCAAGGAUGACGGAGGGGAGAGAGGAUCAGACACAGACUCGGAGAUACACCCUGGAAAGAAUGUCACCACCACCACCACCACCAUGGGCACUGGUGCCCGUCCCACGGAAAGUCCCAAAGUACCAAGGGAGGAGACAGAGACCGACAAAGACAUCAAAGGGGGAGUGGAGAAGGGGAAAGACAACCAAAUCACAGCUGUGCCCAUCUGCCCAGCACCUCCUCGCCUGUAUCACGGCUACCAUGAGCGGGUACCAGGCCUGUCUCCAGACACCGUUGAGUUCUUCUGCAACCACUCCUACGCCCUCAGUGGCACGGCCCGCCGCUCAUGCCAGCCAGAUGGCACCUGGAACGGCACCAUGCCCAUCUGUGUGAGAGCUUGUCGGGAGCCAAAAGUGUCUACGCUGGUUAAGCAGACUGUCCUCCCCCCACAGGUUCCCUUCAGGAAAACCCCACUGCACAAGUUCUACUCCUCCACAGGCCUGAUGGGCAGGCCCGUCGUACAGAUUUCGCCCACCACGGGGCCCAAGUCAGGAUACCAACUUCCCCCAGGCUUCCACCCCCUCUACACACAUAUCCAGUACGAGUGCCUGUCUCCCUACUAUCAGCACUCGGGUAGCUCGCGCCGUACCUGCCUGAAGACAGGCAAGUGGAGCGGGCGCCAUGUCUCCUGCUCGCCAGUCUGCGGGAAGAUCCCCAACUUUGACCCGCAGUCCCCGGGCGAGAUCCACUGGCCCUGGCUGGUGGCCAUCUACCGGCGCUCGGUUCCGGACUCCGGUGCCAAGAUGGGCCCGGCUGGCAAGGCGGGUGGAACUGCUGCUGCCGGCGGUGGUCACAUGCCAGGCCAAGAGGAGGUGGCUAGCUCCCAAGGCUGGGAGCUGGUGUGCAGCGGGGCGCUGGUGAACCAGCGCAGCGUGGUGGCAGCCGCCCACUGCGUGACGGAGCUGGGCAACCUCUACGCGCUGGACGCUGCCAGGGUCAAGGUGGUGCUGGGCAAGAAGUUCCGCACCGACAAGGGCCACCACGGCCAUAAAGGCCUGCAGCAUCUCAGGGUGGCCUCCAUAGUGGUGCACCCCAGCUAUGACCCCCUGCUCCUGGACGCCGACGUGGCCGUGCUGAGGCUGCUGGACAAGGCCCGCAUCGGGGAGCACGUGCUGCCCAUCUGCCUGCCCGAGAGAGCCAGCGCCGGGGAGGAGGAGACCCAGGUCAAGCAGGCGGUGGUGACCGGCUGGUCCCUGGUGCCCGACACCCGGCCCGGCGACGGGCUGACGCGGGGCGACACCUGGCAGGUGGAGGCGGAGGAGGACCCCGAGGAGCAGGCGCGGGUGGGCCGGGUGCAGCUGGCCUCGGACGCGGUGCAGUGCGAGAGGCAGUACGCCCGCAACGGCAUGCCCAUCAGCGUCACUGAGAACAUGUUCUGCGGGCGCCAGCACACCGGGGGGCCGGCGGGGGGCAACGGCAGCGGCAGCAGCAGCCCUCCGUCCCGCAUCUGCCCUGCGGACACGGGGGGCAUCCUGGUGCUGCCCGCCCCCACGCCUGUGCCCUCCGCCCGGGCGGACUCCUCCAUCCUGCUGCUGGAGGAGGAGGAGGAGAGUGCGGCACGGCAGCGGGUCUGGAGGCUCCUGGGCCUGGUCAGCUUUGGGUACGACCACCCCGAGUGUAACCCGCAUCUAUACACGGUCUACACGCGCGUGGCCAACUUUGUAGACUUUAUUGAGAGCAACAUGAAAUAAGAAGAGAGCUCCUCUAGCUGUCUUCCCUCAACCCGACUGCUACUAUAAAACCCUGACCGACCAACUCAAUCCACUAUUCACCUACACGUUGAAAAUGGGUUGAAGGUGCUUCAAUCGCUCUAUGAACAUUGAAAACUCUGAGCUGAACCUCUACAUUAUGGGCUUUGCUAUGUCCGCAGCUAUGCAAUCUUAUAUGCAGAUUUGUUUUGCAGAACCAUUGCAUAGAUGGGUCCCCAAAUCACUGCAAAAUGGUGCAAUCACUCUGGUACUGUACUUGCUUUAUUAUUAUUUUUUACAGUGUAUCAACUCUGAGUCUUCAGUCACUCAGUUUCACACAUAAACUUGGCCUUAUCCCUCUCCGGCACUCAGGUGAGCUCUCUCUUGGUGUACUGUCACUGCCAAUUUCAGUCAUAGCCAUUCAUUACCGUAGCAUUAUAAGCGUUGACUGACUAAACGAUCAGACAACACUGGACCCGUGCAAUAGUCUGAAAGCUCAGAGACAGUAAGGAAUGUCCUCUGACUGCUUCAGUUGUAUGCUUGACUUUGACCUGGAUCCUAAUUUUUUUUCGUGAUCCUUUUUGGGAUGUCUGUUGCGAUUAAAAUUGUACAUACUAUAUUGUAAUGUAUUAUUCCUAAUUGUAAAACGUGAUUGAGGAAAAAAAGGUGUACAUAUUGUGUUCAAAUGACAGAUUGGUCAUGAUGAUCUUUAAAUAAAAUAAUGACUGUAUUAAAUACAACAAACGGUGUGUUUUGUGAGCUUCUCCCAUCACAUUUUCUAUUUGGCUGUAAUACAAGCAAAGCUCCACACAGUGGCAGCACUGUUC